CAGGACCACUGGGAUGACACCCAUGUAACAAAGACUGAUAGAACAACAACUUCUGUCAACUCGAUUAGGCUACCCAUCUUUCUUUGAAUCAAACGGAGAACUUGUUUUGAAUUGUAUACGUAGCACGCGCUCUUGGGUGCUUAACUUGAGUGAGGAGAGAGACCCAGCAAGAUUCUUAUUCAACAAGCCAACCAACUGCAGUUCAGUGAACAUUUUCCCGACUUUCCCCUAUGUCCCGAAAAUCGAGCGAUAAUGACUAUAAUCUUCGUAGUAUGAGCAAUCUUAUGGGUGAGAAGAGGAAGAAACCGAACGAUGGAGGGGAGCGGAGCCUCAUCAAGGCUCCAUCGAACGCGAGCAUCAACAGCCAAGCUGCCUCUGCAGUUAACACAGCUUCCGCCGCCGCUUCUACCGGAGACUUGGAGAGAGCCGCCCGUAAACAGUUCCAGCAAGAUGUUACACCUGCGUUUGUUUACGUUCUGGCAGUGUUCUCUGCACUUGGGGGCUUUCUGUUCGGCUAUGACACCGGGGUGAUCUCGGGUGCAAUGCUCUUGCUGAAGAGAGAGAUGAAUCUCAGCGCUCUUUGGCAAGAGGUGCUCAUCUCCAGUACUGUGGCAGCGGCCGCGCUCUCAGCACUAGCAGGCGGCUUCUUGAACGGAGUUUUCGGGCGCAGGGUCUGCAUUCUGUUGGCAAGCUUCGUUUUCACUACGGGAGGGAUAGUGCUCAGUGCGGCUCCCAACAGAGAAGUACUCCUUGUCGGCCGUCUGAUUGUCGGAGUCGGACUUGGCAUAGCCUCCAUGACAGUGCCGGUGUACAUAGCUGAGGCGUCCCCCCCUCACCUGAGAGGCCAGCUGGUGACCGUCAACACUCUCUUCAUCACGGGGGGCCAGUUCACUGCCAGCAUGGUGGAUGGGGCCUUCAGCUACCUGCACCACGACGGCUGGAGGUGCAUGUUGGGCCUGUCUGUGGUCCCAGCGGUGCUCCAGUUCAUGGGUUUCCUGUUCCUCCCUGAGAGCCCUCGCUGGCUCAUCCAGCGGGGCCUGACGCAGAAGGCCCGCCGGGUGCUCAGCCAGAUCAGAGGGAACCAGAACAUAGACGAGGAGUACGACACCAUCAAGAACAGCAUUGAGGAGGAGGAGAAGGACUGUGGAGGAGAUGGCCCAGUGAUCUGGCGGAUGCUGACCUACCCUCCUGCACGGAGAGCUCUCCUGGUGGGUUGUGGACUGCAGAUGUUUCAGCAGCUGUCUGGGAUCAACACGGUCAUGUACUACAGCGCCACCAUCCUGCAGAUGUCGGGAGUGCGAGACGACAAACUGGCCAUCUGGUUGGCCGGGCUCACGGCUGCCACCAACUUCCUGUUCACCCUGCUGGGGGUGUGGCUAGUGGAGAGGGUGGGCCGCAGGAAACUCACCUUGGGGAGCAUGCUGGGUACGUGUGUGAGUUUGUCUCUGCUGGCUGUUGGCUUCCUGCUGUCUGCCCAGCACUCUCCUCCCAUCAGCCUCCACCCCACAGACCCCUCCGUGGCCAACUCUACCUGCGCCACACACCUGAUGUGUGAGCCGUGCAUGCUGGACCCGGGGUGUGGCUUCUGUUACCGUGAGAACAGCACGACACUCUUUGCCUCCUCCUGUGUACCAGUCAAUACAGCCUCCACUGAGCAGGCAGCAUGGGGCAGGUGCUCCAACUCUACCCAGGAGAAAGAGAAGACAUACUGGGCCUACAACUACUGCCCCACGUCCUACUCCUGGGUGGUCCUGCUGGGUCUGGUGUCCUACCUGGCCUUCUUCGCUCCAGGUAUGGGACCCAUGCCUUGGACAAUCAACUCCGAGAUCUAUCCUCUCUGGGCCCGGAGCACAGGCAAUGCCUGUUCUGCUGGCGUCAACUGGAGCUUUAAUGUGCUGGUGUCCUUCACCUUCCUGCACAUGGCUCAGUACCUCACAUACUACGGGGCCUUCUUCCUGUACUCUGCCAUGGCUUUGCUGGGUUUCAUCUUCAUCUACGGCUGCUUGCCUGAGACCAAGGGCCGGCGGCUGGAGGAGAUUGAGUCUCUGUUCGACAGCCAGCUGUGCUCCUGCGGGGUGACGGAGUCAGACGAGGGCCGUCAGGUGGAGUACAUCAGGGUGAAGGGGAGCAACUACCACCUCUCGGAUAACGACGCCUCCGACGUGGAGUGAGAGCAUCCUGGACCUGGAGAGGUCUAGGUCUGGGUCAGCCUAGCUCUGGGGCUGCGUGUGGGCCCCUAGCAACCCCUGUUCUCAAUGUGUGGUCCGUGAUCUGUAGCUGUGUGUCAUCCUUGGGGAGUGGGAGGGGGUGGGGAGGCUGGGUAGGGUCAGGGAUGGGCAACUCUGGCUCUGGAGGGCUUGGUAUGUGUGCAGGCUAGUUUUUAGACCCGCUUACUACCACAUCUGGUUCAUUCGAUUAACCACGCUCCAUUGUGGAGUCUGUCCCAUGGUUUUGUCAGGUGUGCUGGGCUGGAAAACAAAUCCAUAACGCCAAGCGACUUAGUGGGAUGGCUGCAGCACUGGUCCAUCCCUGAUAUACUGUACAGCACAACCUCCCAGAAUCCUGUUCUCUGGUUCGUUUCUACAGUAGAGAUCACCUAUCUACUUCUGUAACUAGACUAGACUCAGCGAAGUUAAUCACCUCAGUUCUCUAUCAUCCUAUACCAGACAGUGAGAAAUGCAUUGAUCUUGGAUAAGUAUGGUCAAAUCUUUAUAGUGUCUCCAUUUAGAUAUUUUACAUAUAUGCUGCUGGAUUUCCUCACCCAUAACCAGCUUGUUGCUUAGCAACAGAGUUAGCGGCGAUAGCUUGUUGGUGUUGUAGUUUGAGCAUAUGUGGAUCGUAUUCAAAGAACCUCUUCAAUCGCACUGUAGCAGGAAAAUUACAAUACAGAUAAAACCAUUGCCUUUUCCCUACCACCAAUUGAUUGUACAGUAUAAGUUGAAUGGACAUGAAGCCUCCCAACCUAACCCAAAUGUUGCAAACUGAAUGUUGUAGUUAACCCAAAUGUCCACUUGCUUUUAGAAAGGCGGAAUCAGAGAUCUUGUAUUAUAUUCAGUGUUAAAAUACCAGUAUGCCUUUCUAUAUGAAACAUUCAACUCAGUAAUGUCCUCUUGGCUUGUAGCACUACUAAUGGGUUUUCAGUCACUAGAUCUUUUGCGCUUUGCUGUUGUUCUGUUGUUCUGAUGGGCACCUGUCACUGUUAGGUGUUUCUUACUAGAACUUUGUGUUGUUCUACAAAUUCUACUCAUGAUGUAUUGAUACCGUUCAAAUCCGUGAUGAAUUCAGGAUUUAUUUUACCUUUUUGUUUUCCGAAGUUGUCUAACUGCUCAUUCAAAGAAUACUACAUGCACUCUGAAAAUACCCAUACGUAUAUAGUAUUAUGUAAUAUGCAUUUUUGGGUUUUCUGAUUUCCCUGGAAACAGUUUUGGAGUGUGUUUUUUUUCCGCACACUUAAGUUGUGUCUUCCUUUAUAGAGCCUUAUGUACAAACUGCCAUGCAUAUCACUUGUGUGAAAGAGUCAGGUUACUGUGUUCUAAAAGUCCAAGGAGUGCUUUACUUAGCAAUGUUGUUUUAUGUAUAUAUUAUUGUAAAACUGUGUGAGGUUACACCUUGUAUUCUUGUGCACAUAGAUAUGUGUAUAGCAAUCUCUGAAAUGUGUUCAACAGAGUAACAGUACUAAGAUUUAAAGAAUGUGCAUUCUGUGACGAAACAAAAUAAGUAAAAAAUAUGAUCCUGUCUCUAUAGCCUGUGAUAUUCAGGUUCUUAGUCAAGGGCCUCUAUUUCAAAGUGUUCGUUCUAUUUAACUGUUAAUUACAGAGUAGUUAGUUGGUUCUUUGUAAAGAGUUUAUUUAAUUAUUGUUCCUAAUAGCCAUCAUAUUAGAGUUUUUGAGAAAUGUGCAUAAAUAUGAGACUGUUUCUCCUUUUUAUCAGAGAAAGGCACAAUAGGGUAACAGUACACUACUAAAGCUUUCUGAUUUCAAUGUUUUCUGUCUUGGCAGAACAGAUGUUUCUAAAGAGAGUGCUUUAUUGCAAAUCAACUCUACCAGUGUGGCAGGGCAGUCUAACCAACACUCACACACACACACACACUAGCACACCACAAAAACUGUAUAUAAAACAUGUCUAUCUAUAUUUUACGUGAUUAUUACAUUGAUUAAGGAAAGUCAACUCUUGAAAAUCCAUUUUGUCAUGUACUGUAGCCCUUUGCUUUCAUUCCAAAUUGGGACAUCAUGUGUGUAUUUAUGGUGAAUGGGUGAUUUUUUUUCUAUGUCAAACAAUUAAAUGCAGUAUUUCUACAGUUUGAGGAAGUAGUAAAAUAUGGAGAAAAAAAUCUAUUUAUUAGUGCUGUAUAGUACAUUUAAUUAUUGUUGCUGUAAAUGUUUUGCUAGAAUUUAUAUUAUAUACAACUAAAUAUUCAUGAAAUAGGAACACUUGAAUAUGUAUCUUGUGAAAGAAAUAAACGACUAAUCUUGCAACGUCUCGCUUUGUGUUGAUGAAAGUCCCUCAGGCUUUGAGAGCGGCAGCUGAGCAAACUGCACUCUCAAUUAAAGUAUGUAGACUAGCA